AUGUCGUUUACCACCGACAUAUGGACUUCUAUCACGACUUUGAGUUAUAUGGUCAUUACAGCUCAUUUCAUUGAUAUGGAUUGGCAACUACAUAGAAGAAUUAUUAGUUUUAGUCCUAUUUCUGAUCAUAAAGGAGAGACCAUUGCCAAUCAGUUUUUAAGAUCUUUGGAUGAUUGGGGUAUUGAGAAAGUAUUUGCUAUCACAUUGGAUAACGCAAGCGGCAAUGAUAAAGCUAUUAGUGUUUUGAAAGAGAGAUUGGGUAAUAGAAACAAUGAUGCUUUGAUGAUGAAUGGUGAUUUUAUGCACGUACGUUGUUGUGCACACAUUCUUAACUUGAUUGCCAAUGAAGGUCUUGAUGAGAUAAGUAAAAGCAUCAUAAGUGUUCGUAAUGCCGUAAAAUAUGUGAGGUCUUCAAGUUCAAGAUUGGAAUCAUUUAAGCGUUGGGUGGAGAUUGAGAAGAUAACAAGAGGAAGUGUGGUACUGGAUUGUGUUACUAGGUGGAACUCCACCUACUUGAUGUUGAAAAGUGCACUUAAGUAUAAAGUUGCAUUUGAUAGGAUGGCUGAUAUGGAUAAACCUUAUGAUGCGUGGUUCAAAGAGCUUGAUUCUAAUGGAAAGAAGAGGAAAGGACCUCCAAUGGCGAUUGAUUGGGACAAAGCUCGUCAUAUGGUAAAGUUCUUGAAAGCUUUCUAUGAUUCGACUUUAGCAUUCUCUUCUUCUAUAAAGGUGACAUCAAAUGGUUGUUUUAAUGAGAUAUGCAAAAUUCAGUCAAGUGUGCAAAGUAUGGCUUUUAGCCAAGAUUCUGAUUUGAGUGAGAUGGCUUCUGCAAUGACGACCAAGUUUGAAAAAUAUUGGGAAGGUACAGGAAAAAUCAAUAAGAUAUUGAUAAUUGCUAGUGUACUUGAUCCUCGUCGCAAAAUGGUAUUUACAAUGUUCAGCUUUGAACACAUCUAUGGAAAAGGUAAUCCAAAAUGCCUGGAAAUGAAGAAAUUGGUGACUGAUGUUUUGGAGAAACUAUUUAAAAUAUAUAGUGCUCGAUAUGCCAAUUCAAGACUACAAUCUUCUGCUACCGGUGAUGGUGAGAAUGUAACCCAAGUACACCAAGACUUUUAG